AUGGCCACCACUCAAACCGCAAUCUCCAAGAGGAGAAAGUUCGUUGCUGACGGUGUUUUCUACGCCGAGCUGAACGAGUUCUUCCAGCGCGAGCUGGCCGAGGAGGGCUACUCCGGCGUCGAGGUCCGCGUCACUCCCACUGUUACCGACAUCAUCAUCCGCGCCACACACACCCAGGAGGUUCUUGGAGAGCAGGGUCGCCGCAUCCGUGAGCUCACCUCGCUCAUCCAGAAGCGCUUCAAGUUCCCAGAGAACUCCGUCUCCCUCUACGCCGCCAAGGUCCAGAACCGUGGUCUCUCCGCUGUCGCCCAGUGCGAGUCCCUCCGAUACAAGCUUCUCAAUGGUCUUGCCGUCCGAAGGGCCUGCUACGGUGUGCUGAGGUUCAUCAUGGAGUCUGGCGCCAAGGGUUGCGAGGUCGUCGUCUCCGGAAAGCUCAGGGCCGCCCGUGCCAAGAGCAUGAAGUUCACUGACGGAUUCAUGAUCCACUCCGGUCAGCCCGCUAAGGACUUCAUUGACCACGCCACCCGCCACGUCCUCCUCCGCCAGGGUGUGCUCGGUAUCAAGGUCAAGAUUAUGCGCGGCUCCGACCCCGAGGGCAAGGCCGGCCCAUCCAAGUCUCUUCCCGACGCCGUUACCAUCAUCGAGCCCAAGGAGGAGCAGCCCGUUGUCCAGCCCAUGUCGCAAGACUACGGCGCCAAGGCCAUUGCCGCUCAACAGGCAGCGGAACAGGCCAGGCAGGCUGAGCAGGGCGAGGGCGAGGCCCAGCCAGCUGGUGAGGGUUACUCUGGUGAGCAGUAG